GGAAGGCUACAUCCAGGGGACAGGGUUUGUCUUGGUUAAUGAACUAGGAAUUUCUUCUUCUAGCCUCCAAGUCUGCCCUUCAACAGUAUGCUGGAAUGGUUGAUCUUUUUAGCAGUGAAUGUAUGUGGCAGUGGGGGAGGGCAGAAGCAGCAACCAUAGUUGACACCCAGGAGUUUAGCAGAUUUGCCCAGCAUCCCCACAGGGUAGCAGUGGAGCCGGAUGAAUAUAAGGAAGUGAACCUUAUAAGAGGAAGUGAACCUUGUAAGAGACCCAGGGGAAGUUAGAGUAAAGAUCAGCCCUGUGUGUUUGGGUUUGUGUGCAGGUUGCAGAGGACUGGGAAGUCCUGGUGUGGAUGGGCAGAGCUGGGAGGAGCAACAGAGUUGGGCAUCUGUCUGGAGAAACUCUUAUGAUGCAUAAAGGCAUGGACUUCAGGGUAGUGAGGCGGUAAUAGUGGAGAUGAGCUUGAAUGUCGAAAGUGAUCAUGUCAGUUCCAGUUUGGAAAGUCUCACAACUCUCUAGGCUCUCUCCUUUCAUUUGUCAUUACUAUGGCUUUGAGUUGAUGUCCUCUUUUGCUAAAUACAGUAAAAUGAAAGAAUCAAGGAGGGAACAAUUCUAAACAAAGCCAACUUGUUCAUCCAUCCAACCGCUGGGAGAUAUGGCAGAGUUAAAGGGAAACUUUUCUUCCAUGGCUCAGGGAAUACUCCUGGAUCAAGUCAAUAGGAGAACUUUCUGUGUGGACCUAAGUGCAAGGCACCUAAAAAGGGCUGCUGAUGAAGAUGACGAGUACCCGUUGCAAGCUGGCCCACUACCUGGAAGACCUGGAAGAUGUAGACCUUAAGAAAUUCAAAAUGCAUUUGGAAGAUUACCCUCCUCAAAAAGGCUGCAUCCCACUCCCCAGGGGCCAGACAGAGAAGGCUGACCACGUGGAUCUAGCCACACUCAUGAUUGACUUCAAUGGGGAGGAGAAAGCAUGGGCUAUGGCUGUGUGGAUUUUUGCUGAAAUCAACAGGAGAGACCUUUAUGAGAAAGCUAAGAGAGAGCAGCUAGAGUGGGAUACUGCACAUGCUUCUCAUCCCACUGUGGUUUGCCAGGAAGACAGCAUUGAAGAAGAGUGGUUGGGUUUACUGGGGUUCCUUUCCAGAAUCUCAGUUUGCAAAAAAAAGAAAGAUUACUGUAAGAAUUACAGAAGACAUGUUAGAAGCAGAUUCCACUGCAUUGAAGAUAGGAAUGCACGUCUGGGUGAGAGUGUGAACCUCAACAAACGCUACACACGGCUGCGGCUGGUCAAAGAGCACCCAAGCAAGCAGGAGAGGGAGCAUGAGCUGCUGGCUAUUGGCAGGACCAAGACGUGGGACAGCCCCAUGAGUCCCAUUAAGUUGGAAUUCCUGUUUGAUCCUGAUGACGAGCACUCUGAGCCUGUGCACACAGUGGUAUUCCAGGGAUCGGCAGGCAUUGGAAAAACAAUACUGGCCAGGAAGAUUAUGCUAGAUUGGGCAUCGGGGAAACUCUUCCAAGACAAGUUUGACUAUUUGUUCUACAUCCACUGUCGUGAGGUGAGCCUCGUGACACUGAGAAGUCUGGGGGACCUGAUUGCCAGCUGCUGCCCUGACCCAAACCCACCAGUACACAAGAUUGUGCGCAAGCCCUCCAGGAUCCUCUUCCUUAUGGAUGGCUUUGAUGAGCUGCAAGGUGCCUUUGAUGAGCACAUAGGGGCACUCUGCACGGACUGGCAGAAGGCUGAGCGGGGAGACAUUCUCCUGAGCAGCCUCAUCAGAAAGAAGCUGCUGCCUGAAGCCUCUCUUCUCAUCACUACGAGACCAGUGGCUCUGGAGAAGCUGCAGCACUUGCUGGACCAUCCUCGUCAUGUGGAGGUCCUGGGUUUCUCUGAGGCCAAAAGGAAGGAGUAUUUCUUCAAGUAUUUCUCCAAUGAGGUGCAGGCCAAGGAAGCCUUCAGGCUGAUCCAGGAGAAUGAUAUCCUCUUCACUAUGUGCUUCAUUCCUUUGGUCUGCUGGAUUGUGUGCACGGGGCUAAAGCAGCAGAUGCAGAGUGGCAAGAGCCUUGCACAGACCUCCAAGACCACCACUGCUGUCUAUGUCUUCUUCCUUUCCAGUCUGUUGCAAUCCCGAGGAGGGAGCCAGGAGCACCUCCUCUCUGCCCAUCUCCAGGGCCUCUGUUCUUUGGCUGCAGAUGGAAUCUGGAACCAGAAAAUCUUAUUUGAGGAGUGUGACCUCAGGAAUCAUGGCCUGCAGAAGGUGGAUGUGUCUGCUUUCCUGAGAAUGAACAUAUUCCAGAAGGAAGUGGACUGUGAGAAAUACUACAGCUUCAUCCACAUGACAUUCCAGGAGUUCUUCGCGGCCAUGUACUACUUGCUGGAAGAGGAGGAAGAUGAGGUGAUGAUGAGGAAAGUGCCUGGGAGUUUAGAGCUUCCGAACCGAGAUGUGACUGUCCUCCUAGAAAAUUAUGGCAAAUUUGAAAAGGGGUAUCUGAUUUUUGUUGUCCGUUUCCUCUUUGGCCUUGUAAAUCAGGAAAGGGCCUCCUAUUUAGAGAAGAAAUUAAGUUGCAAGAUCUCUCAGCAAAUCAGACUGGAGUUGCUGAAAUGGAUUGAGGUGAAAGCCAAGGCUAAGAAGCUACAGAUCCAGCCCAGCCAGCUGGAAUUAUUCUACUGCUUGUAUGAGAUGCAGGAGGAGGACUUUGUGAAAAGGGCGAUGGACCACUUCCCCAAAAUUGAGAUCAAUCUCUCCACCAGAAUGGACCAUGUGGUUUCUUCUUUUUGCAUUGAGAACUGUAGCAGUGUAGAAACACUUUCCCUGGGGUUUCUCCAUAACUCACCCAAGGAGGAGGAGGAGGAAGAAGAAAGUCAACACCAUGGCACAGUCCAGUGCAUGCUCCCAGGUCCUCAUACUGCCUGCUCUCACACACUGGUGAAUUGCUAUCUCACUUCCAGCUUUUGUCGAGGCCUCUUCUCGGUUCUAAGUACCAACCAGAACCUCACUGAACUGGACCUCAGCGACAAUGCGCUGGGGGACCCAGGGAUGAGGGUGUUAUGUGAAACACUCCAGCAUCCUGACUGUAACAUUCAGAGACUGUGGUUGGGGCGCUGUGGCCUGACGCAUCAGUGCUGCUUUGACAUCUCCUCGGUCCUGAGCAGCAGCCAGAAGCUGGUAGAAUUGGAUCUAAGUGACAAUGCGUUGGGAGACUUUGGAGUCAGACUUUUGUGUGUGGGCUUGAGGCAUCUGUUCUGCACUCUGAAGCAGCUCUGGUUGGUCAGCUGCUGUCUCACAUCAGCAUGUUGUCAGGAUCUUGCGUCUGUCCUGAGCACCAACCAUUCCCUGACCAGACUCUUCAUUGGAGAAAAUGCCUUGGGAGAUUCAGGAGUUGGAAUUUUAUGUGAAAAAGCCAAGAAUCCACAGUGUCACCUCCAGAAACUGGG